CACUUGGUGAGUUCAAGUGGCGGCCGUCAGCGCCUCGCCUCACCUCACAUUUGUUGGCUAAAGUUUCAGUUUCGUUUUUCUCUUCCUCGUAAAAAGCUGAUAUAUUAGGACUGGAUGUUUAAAUCUGCAGCCAUUUUCCAACCCCAGAACUGAUUUCUGCCAUGGCUGCUGUCGGAAACCCUGACGCGGAACAGACCACAGAACCUUUGAGGAUCAUGCUCAUUGGGAAGAGUGGAGUCGGCAAGAGUUGCACUGGGAACAUAAUCCUCAACAAAACUGUCUUCAAAUCCGACAUGAAGCUUAAGAGAGUCACCGUCCACUGUGAAAAGGAGGAGGGGACGAUCGAAGAUACGCCCGUCGAAGUCAUCGACACGCCUGGGCUGUUUGGGAAAGAACGCAACAAGGACGAAAUCAUCCGGGAGAUUCUCAUGCGCGUCACGCUCCACGAGCCGGGCCCUCACGUCUUCGUGUUUGUCGUCCCAGUUGGACAGUUGACACAGGAGGACGAAGACACCCAAAAGCUGAUUGAAGCUAAGUUUGGUCCACGGGUGUGGGACUACACCCUCGUGCUGUUCACGCACGGGGAUCGGCUGGAGGGAAAAACGAUAAACCAGGUCAUUUCCGAGAGCGACGACAACCUCCGCAACUUCAUUCGCAAGUGCAGCGGCUGCUUCCACGUCUUCAACAACAAAAACCGGGAGGACCAGCUGCAGGUGGCGUGCUUUCUGGAGAAGAUCAAGACGCUGGUGGCCCUGAACGGAGGCAGUCACUAUCACGCAAAGCUUUACCCCAAACAGGAAAGCAAGAUCAGAGAAAGACAGGAGAGCAUCCUGGCCGAGAGAAGCAACGCCAUCGACCGCAAGGUGGCAGAAUUCAAGCUCAAGUACAAAGAAGAGGAGCUCAAGAAGAAGCUUAAAGAGUUUUGGAGGAAAGAGGAAGAGAAUGCAAGGAAGGAAGCAGAGAAAGAAAUUUACAUCAGCAAGGUUUCCAACAUCCUCCUGUCCUUAGUGCUGGUGGUUCUGGUGUUGGGCUUUGCUCUGCAGGUUCCUGUUGGAUACCUGAUUGCAGGAGCAGUUAUUUGGACCGGGAUGUUCUUCAAGAUCCCGUUAAGGUUUCUGAACAAAAUACCAUGGUGGAAAAAGUAAAAAUUGUUUUUUUUUUAUCACUGUUUCAUCUAUAAUCUAUCUGUGGAUUAUCCACAUUUUGAGAGAUGAAUGUCAUGAUGUUAAAAAUUACAGGUAUGCUUGUGUGAGUUUUGUUUACAUGUCAUGAUGAUUAUAUCCAUACCCUUUUACACAAUGGUACAUUCGUUAUGUAUAAGAAAGAACUGAGCUUUUCUUGGUACUGCAAGUAGACUCGUAAAACAAUUCAAUAAACUGCAGCAGUGUGGUUUACAAAAUAAAGUCAUUCAUGCUUCUGCUUACUCUGUUAAACUUCCUGCCCUUGUGAGCUCAUUUUACAUGGCAGAGUCCACUGGUUAUCUUAUUCUAAGGCAGUGCUUCUCCAUUCCAAUCCUCGGGGACAACUGAGAACUGGAAUAUGCACUGACCUGGAUAUGUUAGACGUGUCUCUGUUCCAUAACUCCUGAUUCAAAGGAUUACAUUACCUACUCUGCAUCGCAUCAAAUUCUGCAGAAGCCAAUCAACCGCAUAUUCGAGUCAGGUGGGUGAUUAACACCCGUGUUUUAGGUGUCUUACUUGAGAAACUCCUAAAACAUGCAGGGCGGUAGUGGUCCCUGAGGACUGGAUUUGAGAAACACAGUUAUAAGGUGAGGCUGAAAUAUUAGGAAAGAUUUUAGGGGGGGGGGGUGGCACCACAUGGCUCUAUGGUCAGGCAUCAGGUGCCCGACCAUAGAGGCUACAGUCCUUGAUGAAGGUGUGCCAGGUUCAGCUCCCAGCCCAGGGCCAUUUGCUGCAUAUGUCUAUCCAGUUACUAAUGAAUAAAGUCCACAAAAUCCUUGAAAAGCAUUUUUUGGGGGUGUAAAGUUAGUUUCAGUUCUCUGCCACUAGACCUGUAGAGCUAAGAUCCUCUCUGUUCAGAAGCUGUGUCUGGUGCCCUUACACCCCCAACUAAGAGAAACCUCGGGGUGAGCCAUAAGUUUCCAUUCAUAGAAACAAUAAUAAUUUUAUAUUGGACAACUGUUUCUAUGUUUGUGGGGCUCUGUAAAUCGCUGUAUGUCUUGGACCACUUUGUGGUUGAUCUGCAACAGUGAUGCUCGUUCCAUGUUUACUGUUAAAGACCGCUUCCUGAUCCUGCCAUCGGUAUAAUUUCAAUUCUUUGCUCUUUUGUCAAACACAUCUUUUUGGGAAACUGAAAUAUAAAAGAAAUAAACAUUUUACAUUCUCCUAUGUAUGGAAACUUAUGGCCCACUCUGUAUUAUACAUCAUGUAGUCCGUGUGUCUCCAGCACACAUGGGUAAAUAUAGCCUCAUUUAGAACCAACAUCAUACCCAAAGAUAAAAACAUAGGCAGCUGAGGUAGAGGUGGCAGUACCAGUAGAGGUAUCUGCAAGUGGCCCAGGUUUUAAAGAUGCAGUUUAUUUAUUUUUUAUUUAGCCAUAAUUAAAAAAAACCUUAGAGUUCAGGGUUGUACUGUUUUUAUAGCAUGAGUGAGUUGGUUCUCUCCUUGGAAGGGAAUCCCAGAAGAACAAUUUUUAAAAGUUGCAUUGAUGGUUAUUGAUAUUUAGAUGACAGAUCGGCUGAAAACGUUU